AUGAAUGUUCCUCACUACCUUCUGACCUUCGCUCACUUGCUUUGCGCCGCCGCCGCCACCGGAGCCUCGCGCGUGUCCGUGGAGCGCCAACUUCUGGAGGAGGGGAUCCGGUCCGGACGCGGGACUUGCAGGCUCUACUGUAGGGUUGGCAUCGGCUUCCAUCUCCAGAUUCAUCCCGACGGCAGAGUCAACGGCAGCCAUGAGCCCAACCAGCUGAGUGUCCUGGAGCUCUUUGCGGUUUCUCAGGGGGUCAUCGGCAUCAGAGGGGUCUACAGUAACAGAUUCCUGGCCAUGAAUAAAAGAGGACGACUCCACGCCACCGAAUGGUUCACAGACGACUGUAAGUUCAGGGAGCGUUUCCAGGAGAACAGCUACAACACCUACGCCUCGGUCAUCCACAGGAACCACCGCACUGGACGCCAGUGGUUCGUCGCCCUCAACAAGAGGGGCAAGGCCAAAAUGGGCUCCAGUCCACGGGUCAAGUCCCAGCACGUGUCCACGCAUUUCCUGCCCCGGGUCGGCCUUCACGACAACGGCGAGCGUGGGUUCACCAUCACGGACAAAAGCAAAGAAAGGCGGAAAACUCCACCUCCGCCUCCGCUAACGCCCAGGGCGAACGUCCACGCGGGGACAAUACCCAGACGGACACAAGUCAAGUACUGGCCUAAGUACCGGUUCGGAUAG